AUGGCUCUACCUAACCAGGAAACCGUCAAUUACCCCAGCUUCAAGCUCGUCAUUGUCGGCGAUGGAGGCACAGGGAAAACAACUUUCGUCAAGAGACAUCUUACUGGAGAGUUUGAGAAGAAGUACGAACCCACCAUUGGUGUUGAGGUUCAUCCUCUAGAUUUCUUCACGAACUGUGGCAAGAUCCGUUUCUACUGCUGGGACACUGCUGGACAAGAGAAAUUCGGUGGCCUUAGGGAUGGAUACUACAUCCAUGGUCAAUGUGCGAUUAUCAUGUUUGACGUCACAGCAAGGCUCACGUACAAGAACGUUCCAACAUGGCAUCGUGAUCUCUGCAGGGUGUGUGAGAACAUUCCGAUCGUUCUGUGCGGGAACAAGGUCGAUGUGAAGAACAGGCAAGUGAAGGCGAAGCAGGUCACGUUCCACAGGAAGAAAAAUCUCCAGUACUACGAGAUCUCUGCCAAGAGCAACUACAACUUCGAGAAGCCCUUCUUGUACCUUGCCAGGAAGCUAGCCGGAGACCCAAACCUCCACUUUGUCGAGUCACCAGCUCUUGCUCCACCGGAGGUUCACAUCGAUAUCGCCGAGCAGCAGAAGAAUGAGGCUCAGCUUAUUGAGGCUAUGGCUCAGCCACUCCCAGAUGAUGAUGAUGAAGCAUUCGAGUGA